UGUAACAAAUGACAGCUAUACCAGCCAUGAUAUAGCUGUAUAAUUAAUAUAACUUGCUGAAAAAAUAAUACCUGAUGAAGGCCAUUCAGACUGAAAUGAUAUGAACUAAACCAGCAGCAAGUGAAAAAGUGUGCAUGACUCUUUACUUUUACUCAUAUACAAUGAAUAUAAAAAGUAUCUAAUGAGAGUGUUUUUUUUACCUUAUUAAAUAUAAUUACACUUCAUGAUGUAAUUCGGUUAUCAUAAUAAAUCUCAGCAGACUUCUCUAUCUUGCCAUAUUAGUAUAAUUGCUGCUUUACAUAAGAAUGGAAUCCACAUAUUAUUUGCAUGGACUAUAUUUAGAGUGCAGCUAUGAAAGGCCUGCUGUUUAACAUAUCUCCCUGGCAUAUGGUAUUAUGAUAAUUACGCAGCUAUUACUUCAGUGCACGGGUUUGUGAAAUUAAAUGAGCGCUGUGGCCCAGGGGGCUUGAUUGCUCCCACUAACCCCACUUCAAUAUCCCCUGCAUGUCUGGUGUGUGUGAACGUGAGUGACUGCGGGCAUGUGAAUGUUGGCCAUCCCCCCUCAGUGCGCGCGCACACACACACAUACAUACCUUGCCAUCUGUUGACAUAUGCAGCUGUUCAAAAAUAGCCCUCUACCAGAAGCUUCCCUGAGUAGCCAACAGAUAGGACGAGCAAGGCUCCUAUCCUGGGUCUGUGCAAGUUGUGUCUCUAUAGUGACCACAUUUUGGCCGCCAACAAUCAGAAACCACUGCGAGACAAUCUGAUUGGAGAGUUUCGGUAAGUCUGUCCCUUUUUGUUAUGUUUUUUGUUUGGGAAUUUCUUCUUGAUAGUCACUUUUCUCUGCACUAGAGUGACUGCUUCAGCUGGUGGAAACGUAACUUCAAAUGGAGUGCUUUUCUGACCAUUUCAUGGAGUUCCACCCCAUCCAUGGAAGAAACGUGCAGCUGGAACACUCAGGAACUCAGGCAACUCGGGUGGAGAGCUUUGCUCAUGGAGUGUGUUUCAGCAAAUACUCCUUGAAGCCAGGGGAGAUUUUUCUCAUAGAGAUCGAGGACAAGGAGCUGGGCUGGUGUGGCCACCUCCGGGUCGGCCUGACCGCCAGGGACCCCAGGAGCUUAGAGGUGGUGCCCGAGUAUUCCAUCCCGGACCUGACAGACCUGGGCGACAGUUGGAUCUUCGCAAUCACUCGCAACCACAACAAGGUCAUAGAGGAGGUGGACGCAGGAGCAGGUGGCCAAGAGGCUGGAGAAGGAGCACUUGCUGGGGGUCGGAGGCUCGGGCGGGGGGAGGUGGAAGAUGGAGACGUAGGAGGAGGAGGCAACAACACCAAACCAAUGACUUUCUUCACUGACUCUCACUUGUACAUUGACAAUGUUCGGAUCCCCAGAGACAAGCUGGUGGGCCGCAGUCGGCCCGGACGCUUCAGCCACAUUCUGGAUGACUUGUAUAAGACAAACACACUACCUCCCACAGCCAGACGCAGCCGCAUAGGAGUACUGUAUGUGCCUAAAGGGCAAGACCUGGCUGACAUGCACAUUGUUAUCAAUGGUGAGGACAUGGGAGCUUCUGCAAAGGGGAUCCCCACCAUCCAGCCUCUGUAUGCUGUGGUGGACGUGUUUGCUGCCACUAAGUGUGUCAGAAUUGUCCAGGUGGAGUAUGGAUUCUCGUCGUUGCAGACAUUGUGCAGAAAGGUCAUCCAGAAACACAUUGUCCACAGGAUGGCCAUUGACUGGCUGGCGCUGCCAGAGGCACUUAAGCACUACUGCAAGUACGAGUGAAGAAUAUAGACCUGCAAUGGACAGAAACAUCAUCAUUGAACUUUCCUACCAAGACGAGGAUAUUUAUUUUCAUAAAGGAAACCUAUGUUUGAUUGAAAGUGUUAACAUUUGACAAAAUUCUUGAUAUCUGCCAUGCACUGAUAAAACUGGUA